AAAUCAGAUCAGCUGCCAAUUUUCCCCCAAAACGGUCUGUGUGCGGAAUAAAAACAACACAGAAAAUCAAUAGCAACACAAAUUCACGCCGGAAUGGCUUCACGGAUGAUUCUUUCGCCCGCACGCCGGCUGGCGAACGUGGUCAGUUCCCGGCCCAUCAGCACUCAAGUCUUGGCUACCCAAUUCGCUACCAUUAAGGAUGAAAUCACACAUACUGGCCAGUACUACGAAGCUAACGACUACCGGAAUGCACGUUUCGUGAAUGCAACCAAGGUUGUAAAUCCGAACUGGGCCAUUAAGCUGAUUGACGAAGCGCCGAUCGUCAAGUCGGAACAGCGUGUGGUAUGCUGUGACGGUGGAACCGAUCCUGCUUUAGGCCACCCCAAAGUGUACAUCAAUUUGGACAAACCCGGUGCUCAUGCUUGCGGAUAUUGUGGGCUGCGUUUUGAGAAAGUCGAUCAUCAUCACUGAGAAUCUAAGCCUAAGUAGAUGAUAACAUUCACGCACCAUGCAGAUUCGUUGAACCCUUUAGUCAAAUAAACAGGAGGAUUUAAAAACAAGCGGUUCCCUUCCAAACCAUAA